UCAAACAACCAUGAGUGAUUCAGUGGCUGUCGUCCCGGUCAACAUCGCACCCAACCACGUUAACCCAUGUGAUCCUCGUUCGGACCUAAUUCCAUCUUUCCAAAUUCCAUACCCAUUUCACACCAUUGAUCCUACUCCCUGUAACCUCCACUAAUCAUAUCCAACGGUCGCUUGGACCCUCCUUCUCAGAACAGAGCAUAUCAAUACCAGUUUCCAAGUUGCCAAAACCAAGUUCUAGACAGAACACAGAGAGAGAGAGAGAGAGAGAGAGAGAGAGAGAGAGAGAGAGAGAAGAAGCUAUGGACAUUGAGAGAAAGAAACAUGUUUACCUGGCGAAGCUUGCUGAGCAAGCCGAGAGAUAUGAUGAGAUGGUUGAAGCAAUGAAGAAAGUUUCCAAGUUGGAUGUGGAACUGACUGUGGAGGAGCGGAACUUGGUGUCUGUUGGGUAUAAGAAUGUCAUUGGGGCGAGAAGGGCGUCAUGGCGGAUAUUGUCUUCCGUUGAACAAAAGGAGGAGGCCAAGGGAAGUGAACAGAAUGCUAUGAGGAUAAAGGAGUACAGGCAGAGGGUUGAAGAUGAGCUUGCAAAAAUUUGCCAUGACAUUUUAACAGUUAUUGAUUACCACCUCCUUCCAUCUGCAUCAACAGGGGAAUCUACUGUUUUUUACCAGAAGAUGAAAGGAGAUUACUAUCGAUAUUUGGCUGAAUUUAAAGCUGGUGAUGAUCGUAAAGAAGUGGCUGAUCAAUCGCUUAAAGCCUAUGAGGUUGCCAACGAUACUGCUGACUCUGAGUUGCCCACAACCCAUCCAAUUAGACUUGGCCUGGCUCUAAACUUCUCUGUUUUUUACUAUGAAAUUCUCAACUCCCCUGAGAGGGCCUGUCAUUUAGCUAAGCAGGCAUUUGAUGAGGCAAUUGCUGAACUUGACAGCCUCAAUGAAGAAUCCUACAAGGACAGCACCCUUAUUAUGCAACUUCUCAAGGAUAAUCUCACAUUGUGGACCUCAGAUCUGCCAGAGGAAGGAGGUGAGCAAUCUAAAGUUGAGGAACCCCCUCCAAAGAGUUAGAUGGGAUAAGGGAGAGUAAUUAUUUGGGACUGGCCUUCGUGUAGAUGGAGCAACAUAGGGCGCAUGACUCAUUGGAUUACCAAGUUUGUAGUACAAGGAAAGUGACUCUAGGGUUGUAUGUAUUGUCUAUUUAAUCAUGGCGCUUCUUGGCCCUUGGAUUUAAAUAAUAAUAAUAAUAAUAAUAAUUGCAUUGAAAGAGAUCAAA